CUCCAGUUGCUCAUCAACCGCAUUGAUCAAGAUGUCUCCCGUCGAAGAAACCGGAGACCAGUUCUCCGUCCUCUCAAUAAAGAUCCCCGCCACACCGUCAUACCCAGAGACCGCCAUUCACGAAGUUCGUAUACGAAAAAAUGCGCCCAAGAUACCUACCGCCAACGAUUCACGAAGUCUAUUCCUCAAGAACAUUCCCGCAGACAGUACAGAACCUCACUUUCGCGCUGUCUUUACACAACUUGUAGGCGCUGGGCGCUUUGAGGGUAUUACCUUCGAAGACGAAUCACGGACGCUGCUACCUAUUGAUCCUGCGCAAGCCACAAAAGUUGCAGGCUUUGCGAAAAAGAGAAAACGCGGCGACGUCGAGGCAGAAGAGCGGGAGCGAGAAGAGGAAGCUGCGCAAUUACCGCAGAUCUGGUCGCGGCGCGUGCAACGCAGCAGCAGCACAGCAAUUGUGCUUCUCGCAGACGAGAAGAGUGUGCAACUAGUCCUCAAGGCUAUCGCAAAGCUACAGAAGAGUAAAAAGUAUCCUACAUGGGGUAGCGAUCUCUCCGACGACGUGCCCUCCCUCGGCUCAUCAUGGAUCGCAUCGCAUCUGCAACUUUCGCGUGUCGACAAGCCAGCCACCCAAAAGGCCGUCCACGCCUUCUUCACUGCAUUCAACCGCAAGGAGAAGGAGGCUAUCGAGCUGGCUAAGCGACUGCGCAAUGAGCCAGACGAGGAUGGUUUCGUCACAGUGACUCGCGGUGGACGGGCCGCUCCCGCCAGCCGAAACGAGGCCGAGGAAGCCAAGCGCAGAAUGAUCGAGAGGGAUACCAAGAAGAAGUCUGAAACCAAGGACUUCUACCGCUUCCAAAUGAGAGAGCGACGCAAGGCGGAGCAGAUGGCUUUGAUGAAGAGAUUCCAAGAGGAUAAGAGAAAGGUGGAAGCGAUGCGGGAAAAGAGGGGCAAAUUCCGACCAGAGACAUGAGACGCUUGGUAAAGCUACGGUUCAUCUGUUUCUAGAGCAUGUCAAGCUCGGUCUACACAAGGGUACUGUUUCAAAGAUAUCCAUGUUGACGCGCAACUUAUACCCGAGUCAUUCUGGCUUCUCGUAUUCUGACCAUUGCGACUCAACACAUCCCGCCAUCGCCGCUCGGAUCAACACCCUUAAGUCUGAUAAGGGUCCAGGAGGAGAUGCAAAUUUUGCCACGAGGCAACAUUCGGGCCUUUGGUUUCUACCACGUUUUAACUCUGUCUCGCCUCGACCAAGAAGCUAUCAAGGCGGGGAGGACCUUGUCAGAAAGAGGAGAUAGAAAAUAUAGAAUCAGUGCGGCUUCAGAGCUCGACCAAGUUUCAGACUAAGAUUUUGAGUUGACAGUGCAUGUUAUGCCAGCAGCUACCUAUGUCUGCUUCAAUGUCAAGUUGUCCAUGGAAACAAUGCAC